UGGAGCUGUAGUGUACUGUAUGAGGCACAAUAAUUUUGCUCUAAGAUUGUGCUGUUUGUACAAGAUGGAGCUCCCAAACUACAGCCGACAGCUCAUGCAGCAACUGCAUGCUUUACGAAAAGAGAAGCAGUUUUGCGACUGCUCCAUCCUGGUGGGUGAGACCCCGCACCCCGCUCACAAACUAGUGCUGGCGGCCUCCAGUAUGUUAUUUAAGUCUGUUCUGGAAGGUUCUGACAGCAUCUCGAUCGACACAGAUCUACUGUCCUCUCAAGAGUUUUCUUCUCUUCUGGACAUGGUGUACACUGGUAAACUGCCUCCCGGUAAACACAACUUCACCCGUCUCAUCGCCGCUGCAGACAGCUUGCAGAUGUUUGAUGUGGCCGUUGGUUGUAAGAACAUUCUCAAUGACCUCAUGAAGCAGACUUCUGUGGAAACUGAGUUGAUGGACCCUCAAGUUGUAAAACGUGACUGUGUUAAGGAGUCAUCUGAAUCGGAACAGGUUAAUAGGGACAAGAGUAGUUUUGAAGAGGACAGUGCAGUUGAGCUGAUCGCUCAAAAUCAAGCUGGUAUCACAAAACUCCUGCAGAAUGGACGGUCAUAUGUUAAGGUUCUUGAGAUCUGGGAUACAGUCUCCACAGAAGAGCGCCAGGUCAUAUUGGAGAGCUUCAGAGGCGAUCCAUCAGCAGAUGAGGUUUACCAGCGGCUGCUAAAUUUUGUGAAAGUUGAGAAAGUUCUGUCAGCUCAAACAGUCCUUACUUUGUUAGAACAGCUCAAAUGUUUAAAUCCUGAUCCAGGAUCACUUUUGGAGGAGCAGGGAAAUGAGAGCUGUCCCGAGCCAAAAGAUUCUGCAGCAGGUGUUCGGUGGUCUGGUGGGCUUUUAGACCAUUUAUCAGAACUAUCUCAUCACCUCUCUAGUGUCAACAACCUCUCAGGGCUUUUGACCAAUGCGGUGAACAGAUGUAUAAAUGAAGUGGAAAAAGAGGUAGUGCUGCAGUGCUGUUCUGCUCCAUCCUCUGUGGAGGUGGUGGAAAGGUUGUUAUGUAAACUCCGAGAGAUGACCAUAAGUGAAGAAACGUUUCUGAUGCUGCUGCAUGAGGUGAAGGAAAGCUCCUCAGAUCUGCUUCAGCUUCUGGAGGCCCUGAAAGGCACAAGGGAUAAAACAACAGAAGACAGCAGUGGGAUGGAUUUGUUGAGAAUGUAUCAGAACAGACUCAUAGAGCUGAAUCUGGACGUCCAGCUCAUCAAACAGAGCCUUAAAAUGGGUCCAGAUAUGAAUGCAAACGAGAAAGAGUGUAUUGAAGCUCUACUGGCAGAGACAGGAGAUGCUGAGGUGGUUGGAAGGCUGAUAUCUGCAGCAUUGGACGGUUCACUGCAGGCGGUGACUGUUUGGAGGCUUCUGCUGUGGACAGAGACACACAGUCCAGAGCUGCGGCUUCUCAUGCAGAAGGUCAAGGAGAAACCAAACGCUCAAAAACUUCUGCAAACCAGUAAAUACAUAGAUGUGCUCUUCAAGCACAAAUCACUCAUUCUGGAAACAAUCAGUGACAUUACCCUGCUCGAACAAGGUUUGGACGCAAUGGCUCAUGGGACAGAGCAAGUUUCUGAGUUUCUCCAGAGCUGUCGGAGAGCCGAUGGUGAGCUGGAGUCAGUUCAACAGACUGUGGAGAGAGUUUUGAGUCGUGACUCAGAGUUUGCCAGUUCACUUUGCCAGCUGCUGUCUGCCAACCAGCAGAACUUCCCACAGCUGAUAGACCUCAAACAUACUGGUGGGCCUCUGUCGGAUUCUGACUGUCCUGCAAAAUCUGAGGUUGAGCAGGAUGGAUCUACCGGCGCAGACUCUGAGGAUGAUGAUGGAGAAGAUUCCAAAACAAAAGGCAGAAGAAAGGCUGUUCCUGUGUUCUACAGCUGCGAGUGGUGUAAUAAGACGUUUGACUUUAAGUGCUGUCUAAUAAAGCAUAAGAAAGGCUGUGCCCUCGCGCCGGGGAAGGAGCAGCGCUGCUCAGAGUGUUCAAAGGCGUUUCCGACGCUCAAGAGCCUUCACCAGCACUGCAUGGAAGUCCAUGGCGGCCCUCCGGCUAAGAAGAAGAAAACAGAACUAGUACCAUGUGACAUGUGCGACAAGACUUUCAAACACUCUUCAGGCCUUUUGUAUCAUAAACGCACGGAACAUUUCGAGGAGAGGCCGUACGCAUGCGAGGAGUGCGGGGCGAAGUUUGCUGCCUCCUCGUCUCUGAAGAACCACAUGCGUCUACACACGGGAGAAAAACCCUUCCACUGCAAACACUGUGACAUGAGCUUUUCUGUGGCCGCCGCUCUCUCCUACCACACCAAGAAGAAGCAUGCUGAGGGUAAAAUGUACUGCUGUCAGUACUGCUCGGCCACAUUUGCGCAGUCCAUUGAACUGACGCGCCACGUCCGCACGCACACGGGAGACAAACCGUACGUCUGCAGGGAAUGCGGCAAAGGCUUCAAACAAGCCAAUGGGCUGUCCGUCCAUCUGCAGAACUUUCAUAACAUUACAGAACCACUUGACUGCCAGAAGUGCCGGGUGAGUUUCUCUUCUCUGGAUGAACUCCGACAGCACAUCCAGGAGGUGCAUCCGAAAGAGCUGCACCAAUGUCCCGAGUGCAGCAAGAUCUUCAACAGCGAAGCCAAUCUGGAGAAACACAUGAACAUCCAUAACGGCAACAAACCUUACAGCUGCAAGACGUGUAAAAAGUCCUAUCAGACGCUCUCUGGUCUGUGGUACCACAAUCGUACGUCUCACCUUGAGAGCGCCUCUGCCCAGGGCAACAAAGCCAUUAAAUCUCUGUUUCAGUGUGACAAGUGUGACAAGACAUUCAGCAACCGAAAUAGUCAGCUAAAACACCAGAUAACCAAUCACACAGAAGUGCACUUGUGGAAGUGUGUGAACUGUGACAGAACUCUGACGAGCGAGCAGGAGCUGCAGCAGCACGUGUGCAGUGGUCAGUCCGGCUCUGUGUUCAGCUGUAUGGUCUGCUCUCUCCACUUCCCCUCUGAGCCCUACACGUACAGUAGGAUCUACACGAUUUUAACAGAAAAUGGCUUCCCUGUCGAUGGUUUUUGUGGCUCUUUCCAGGUGAUUCGGUGUGAGGAUGCAGCCGGUCAAGAGAUGGAGCAGGUGAUUAGCCUCGACCAGUCCCGGAUUGAAGGGUCACCGCAGGUGUUUGUGGCUCUGGGUGAUCAGCAGGAAACUGCCAGCGGCUCUGGAAUCGUGACCGUCAGCAUGGAGGAUCUACUGAACGGCACGGUCACACUCAUCUGUGAAGAGGGCCAGUGAACUCUAGGCCACACGCGGCUUUAUGAUCAUGACAUUUCUGAGGAGUGCUGAGGUUUCUUUUUACACUGGAUUACACAUGGUACUAAAGGCCUUCACACCAUGUCAUUUUACCAAUCAUGAUACAAUUUCUUUUGUACAAAAAUGAAUAUGAUCUUUAAUGAACACAGGCUUCCGUCUCUGGGUCACUUGAUUGGUUUUCAGGCUAAGCAUACACGGGCAUACAAAAUUCAUGUUAAAAAUAGCUCAAGAUGACGUCAGUCACUUCAGUGUAGUCUGAAUCUUUUUUUGAUUGUAUUUCAUUAUGAACGAUUUAUUAAAAUUGUUCUGACAGGCACAAAUGGAUUUUAAAUGAGAAAAGUCAUUUUAAUUUGUUUCUAACACAUUAUCUACCUCCGAUCAAGCAUCGUGUAGAGAUGAUUUUUGGUUCUGAUGGACAUGGAUAAAUGAGACUUUGGACUGUGUUAACUGAUUGUUUUUCUGCUAAAAUUAACUUCUGUAAAAUAUUUUGUGGCCAACCCGACUACUGUUUAGCUUUUCAUUUCUGCAAUCUGAUGAAUGCAAUUUUAAGAUAAGAAGUUUGUGAGAAAAAAUAAACUUUGUAUAAAUAAGUAUAA